AUGGCGGAGGACGAAGACGGUGUUUCAAAUAAAAAUUCCCCACAAAAUUCAAACGAUGCAGGGUCUUCCGAAGAAAACGAACAAAACUCUACAAAGCCCGACUUAGGGAUCGAAGAAACAAAAUUUAAUAGCAAGGAAAAUGGUCACGCAUCACACACAGAGCCAAAAUGUUCCUCGACAAAGUCAACUGGAGCAGUGCGCAAGGAAGAGAAUCCGUUUUCCUUUCGACAUUUUCUAAAACGAGAUCUCUCGUUGCCGGGCAACUCUACAUACGAGAACACUGGUGCCAGGCCCAAGGUGUAUGCGAACACAGUGCAACAUUCGCCAACAAAAAUAGAUGUUCACACAGACUCAAAACGAGAGAGGAACCGCCUGAUUGAGAAUAAAACCAAAGAAAAAAGCGACGGCGUCAGUCAUCGCAUCAGUGAUAACACACCUUCGACUAGUUCUAUGGACGUGCCGUUUAGUAUAUUAGGGAACUCGAAUUCUAAGAGCAACUUUUAUUCCGAAAACUCUGAUGCACCCUUCUAUCAUAGGCCUAAUCUGGCAUCAGAGCCAAUGGGUAUACCAUCCCUGCCAGACUUUGUUCAGGAUCAUAUAUUAGUGGAGCAAGCUUAUUUACAUUCAAAUGGACCCAUGUCGUUGGAUUUGGAUAAUCUACCAGAUUUCACAUUUAACACUACAUACAAUGCUGGCUCAUCACCCACAUUAGGAAGGAGAAGUGAUAAUAAUUAUAGUGGAAAUAGAGGCUACAAUUAUGAUGAGUAUAGGGGGGCUUCAACAUCUGCUUCGGGCAUAUCUAGCCGUAACAUUCCACUUGAUUUGCCAGCUGGUGCCGAAGCUGCUGGUCCCAUACCAAUCGAUCAUCCUAUGCAUCUAAGCUUGGACCUAACUGAAUCUGUUAAUCCAUCAGAUAGGAGGAACAUAUCGCCAAGAAAUACUUUUCCAUUGGAUUUACCCCCUAAUGCAGGUGCGGAAUCUAAGCGGCUACCAGAUUUCCUUCCGGUGCAUCCCGGUCGAACAUCCCCUGAACCUGAGCAUCAAGACGAGCAGCUACAGCAAAUAAUUAAUGAAUUGGAGAGAACCAGAUCGGAGCUGUUCACUGAGCGGAGUAGGCGGUGCCGCGCUGAGGAGGAAGCCUCUAAUGUUCGCGCCCGCCUCGCUCAGACGGAUAGAGCGCUGCGGGAGCACGUGUGCGUCCCCCCACCGCCCCCUCCCGCCCCUUCACCGGAAACUUCGCCGAGAACUGCAGAUCCCGAAGCUGUUGCUAAAUUAAAAAACGAAAUAAAGAAACUGAAGGAGCAACUGCGAGCAUCACAGGAGGAAGUGCGAUCUCUGCGCGACACCCAAGUGGGUGCAGCAUCCGAUCUGCGUCGCGCCUCCCGCCUCGCCGAGACCUCCCUCAGAGAGCUCCUAGCGGGACUAGAGCAACUCAAAUCACUGAGUUCUACGCUCGAUCCUACA